AUGGCUGCACUGAGGGCGGGGCGGGGUGCUGGCUGGAGCCUCCGGGGAUGGCGGGCUUUGGGUGGGGGUCGCUGGGGAAAGGGACCCCUGUUGACCCCUGACCUCCGGGCCCUGCUGACGUCAGGAACUCCUGACCUUCGGACCCGAGUGACUUAUGGGACCCCCAGUUUCAGGGCCCGGUUGUCUGUGGGGGUCCCUGAACCACCGACAUGCCUGAGGUCCUGGACUUCGGAUCUCCGAGCACGGCUGAUCGCUGGGACCCCAGAUCCCCGGACUCCGGAAGACUCCGGAACUCCCGGAACCCGUCCGCGCGUGUGGCUAGCGGUGGCGCUGGGCGCUGGAGGGGCGGUGCUGUUGUUGUUUUGGGGCGGAGGGCGGGGUCCCCCGGCUGUGUUCGCCUCGGUCCUUGGCUCGCCGCCCACCUCUCCCCGGAGCCAGUACAACUUCAUCGCGGACGUGGUGGAGAAGACGGCCCCUGCCGUGGUUUAUAUCGAGAUCUUGGGCCGGCACCCUUUUUCGGGCCGCGAAGUCCCUAUCUCGAAUGGCUCAGGAUUCGUGGUGGCUGCCGAUGGACUCAUCGUUACCAAUGCCCAUGUGGUAGCUGAUCGGCGCCGAGUCCGUGUAAGGCUACCUAGCGGCGACACGUAUGAGGCCGUGGUCACAGCUGUGGAUCCCGUGGCAGACAUCGCCACGCUGAGGAUUCAGACCAAGGAGCCUCUCCCUACGCUGCGCCUGGGACGCUCAGCUGAUGUCCGGCAAGGGGAGUUUGUUGUUGCUAUGGGAAGCCCCUUUGCACUGCAGAACACAAUCACCUCCGGCAUUGUCAGCUCUGUUCAGCGUCCAGCCAAAGAUCUGGGCCUUCCCCAAACCAAUGUGGAGUAUAUCCAGACUGAUGCAGCUAUUGAUUUUGGAAACUCUGGAGGUCCCCUGGUUAACCUGGAUGGGGAGGUGAUUGGGGUGAAUACCAUGAAGGUCACAUCUGGAAUCUCGUUUGCCAUCCCUUCUGAUCGCCUUCGAGAGUUUCUGCAUCGUGGAGAAAAGAAGAAUUCCUGGUUUGGAGUCAGUGGGUCCCAGCGCCGCUACAUUGGGGUGAUGAUGCUGACCUUGACUCCCAGCAUCCUUGCUGAACUACAGCUUCGAGAACCAAGCUUCCCUGAUGUUCAGCAUGGUGUGCUCAUCCAUAAGGUCAUCCUGGACUCCCCUGCUCACCGGGCUGGUCUACGACCAGGUGAUGUGAUCUUGGCCAUUGGGGAGCAGCUGGUACAAAAUGCUGAAGAUAUUUAUGAAGCUGUUCGAACCCAAUCCCAACUGGCAGUGCGGAUCCGGCGAGGACAGGAAACACUGACCUUAUAUGUGACCCCUGAAGUCACAGAAUGAAUGGAUCAGCAAGAGUAGGAGGCUCCUGCUCGGAUUUCAACCUUGGUUUCGUGGCUUGGGCUCUGAGGGCGCCUGGACAGAGGAUUAACUGAACCAGUUGGGGGCAGGUCCCUCCGACUACCACCACCACUUCCUGGGCUCUGAAGAAUCACAAAAACACUUUUUAUAUAAAAUAAAAUU